AUUUUAUUAUCUGUUUGGUUAGAUAGAAUGAAAGCUUUUAUUUCAUUUUUAUUGAAAGAAAAGAAAAUAAUAGGCAAAUAAAUGUCAAUUAUAGUCGAUUGCGAAGAACCUUUGUUUGUCAGAUAUGAAUAUUAAAAUAGUAUCGAUAAAAUCCCACGUCUUCCUAAUGGUAACUCCUGUUCGUGCACUCGAUCAGUAAAUGCCGACAUGGAGGCCCGAGGAGUUCGAAGCAGCGCCAGGUUGAGCGGAGAGGCCGCUCGGAAUACAGCAAAUGGCACCUCUGGAGGUGCUCUCGCAAACGGGAACCGCAGACCGCUGGAGGCGGCGGAGGCCGCGGCUGCCGCGGCUCAGAGGCGUGCGAGGGCCUUGGAGCGCUCCCGCGAGGUCGAGGACAGUCCGCGUGUGCUGCGGGACAAGUGUCGGCGACUGGCUCGCGCGCUCCGCAACGCUAAACAUCUGGUGGUGUACACCGGCGCAGGCAUUAGCACGGCGGCCGACAUCCCCGACUACCGCGGGCCGCAUGGCGUUUGGACACGACUGCAGCGUGGAGAGACUGUUGGUCGGGUGGAGGUGUCGCGCGCGCGGCCGACGUUCACUCACAUGGCGCUGACGGCGCUGUGGGCGCGCGGGCUGCUCAAGUUCGUGGUGUCGCAGAACUGCGACGGGCUCCACCUGCGCUCGGGGCUGCCGCGGCGCGCGCUCGCCGAGCUGCACGGCGACAUGUUCUGCGAGCUGUGCGCCGCCUGCCGCCGCGUGUUCGUGCGCGCCUUCGACACCACGGAGCGCACCGCGCGCCACGCGCACGGCACCCGCCGCCUGUGCCACCGCUGCGGCGCCGAGCUGCGGGACUCCAUCGUGCACUUCGGGGAGCGCGGCCGCGCCGCCUGGCCGCUCAACUGGGCCGGCGCGCUGCGGCACGCGGCGCGCGCCGACGUCGUGCUGUGUCUCGGCUCCUCGCUCAAGGUGCUGCGCCGCUACCCGCGGCUGUGGCGCAUGCAUGCGGCGCCGCGCGCGCGCCCCGCGCUCUACAUCGUCAAUCUGCAGUGGACGCCCAAGGACUCUGUGGCGGCGCUCAAGAUCAACGCGCGCUGCGACGCGGUGAUGCGGCAGGUGGCGCGGCGGCUGCGGCUGCGCGUGCCGCGGUACCGCACAUCGCGCGACCCGCUGCUGGCGCACGCGGAGCCGCUGGCGGAGCCCGAGGCGCACACCACCCGGCGGCCGCACCUGUCGCCCGCGCGCAGCUCCGGCUACUCGUCGCCGCGUGGCCCACUGUCCUCGCCGUCCGCCUCCGACUCGGACGAGGAGCUGCCGCUGCGGCGGCUGGCGGAGCGCCUGCGCCGGCCCGCCGCCGACCGGGCCUCCGCCUCGUCCGAGCCUCCGGAUUUGUUGCGGGCUUUCAGGGUCAACAUGUGCUCGGGUGAAGCCACAAUACUGCUGCGGGCGGAACAUGCGCCGCCGCCUCCUGCGCCGCCGCCCUCUGCCUCUGCCCCGCCCCUGGCCCCGCCCCCGGCCCCGCCCGGCGCGCGCCGCGAGCUCAGCGAGCUGCGGCGGUUCCGCAUGCCGCAGCACGAGCGCCCGCCGCCGCCGCCCCGCCGCCGCUCCGACGUCAAGUUCGAGGGGGCGACCAACGGACGCGCGCUCGACGUCGUCAACGGCCAUCAUUCGGAAAAGCCCGCGGAGCUCCUCGACGUUAAGAUUAAGGACGAGGACGUGAAAGACGAGCGAAUAAAGUGCGAGCCGUGGGAGUUCGGCGACCGGCUGCGGAAGCUGCUGGAGCUGGAGCCCGAGCGGUCGGAGAAGGCGGAGAGCUCGGACGCGCUGGCGGCCGCCAUCAUCGCGCGCGCCGUGCUGGUGUGCCGCGCCUCGCUGUACCCGGGGCUGCACACCAUCCUGGCGCCCGCGCCCGCGGCCGAGUGCGGCUGGUGCUGGCGGCGGCGCGGCUCGGCGCGCUGUCUGUGGUACGGGGCUCCGCGCGCGCCGCCGCCCGAGGCGCGCGCGUGGCGGCGCGUGCGCGGGCGCCGCUACCUGUGCGCGUGCUGCGGCGCGGACGGGGAGCCGCCGCCGCCGCCGGCCGCCGCGCCCGACGACGCGGGCUGGUACGGCAAGGGUUACCGCAAGGGCCGUCGCCGGCGCCGGUAGCACGAGCCCGACCCGGACUGGACCGGACCGAGAUUGAAAAUAGACUAAAUCUGUACAUACGGCCAAUUUAGUUGUAAAUAAUUUAUUUAAGUUUUGGAUCCCCGUUGCGAACCGAUUUCGUUGCUUUGUUCGCUUUCGUGAAAGUUGAAUGGAUUAUAUAAAAACUUCGAAGCUGCGGCUAAAAAAUCCGUCGUGAUUUUGAUUGAAUAUCUGUGCUGUCGCAUUACGCACGAAAUUCGAAAAGCUGAAUUCGGUUCGAUGAGGAAACAUCACAAUUUGAUCGACAUGCAUUAAUGAAUAAUGUAUUUAUUUUUUUACAAAGAUUAGUGUAAGGUGAUAAAUGUCGCGGCGGCGUGUCGCCUCCGGUUAGCUUUAUUAUUUUCGUGUUCGGCUCGCGCUCGCGCCGGUGAUCUCAGUGGCGUUAUGUUGUAGCGGCGCGGGCGGAAGCUGCGCGUGCGCCGAGCGGACGACUCCACUGCGGCCCGCUCGUUUGCCCACUUAUCCUAUAAUUAUUUUUUAAUUCUAUUUUUACAUACAGUCAGGCGGAUACUCAGUGAAGUAAUUUUCUAUGGUUGUGAAGUAGCUACAUAAUAAACCUAGUCCGUAAGAUAUAAGCGGGCGUGCGGUGAAGCGACUGACUGCCGCUCGGCGGUGUCCGCGCAGGCGCAAGCCGAGUGGUUCCUGCUGUCACCUGAUCGACUGGUACGUGGCAGCUAUAUGACAGUUUUCUUAGUUAUUGCUCCAUGUGUACAAGACUGAUAAGAUCCAACGCGAACAAGAUUUGAACAAUAAGUUUUUACGAUAUUAGGUCAGGUGAUAGCAGGCGAUGUGCGGCUGCGCAGACGAGCUGCUGAGAUAGUAACGGGUGCACAAACAAGCAGCUCGCUCUGGCCGAGUUCUUAGGUAGGAUAAGUGAUUUUAAUGAUUGGACUUUAAUUGUAAUCAAUAAAUUAUUUCGACGCGGAACCUGCGCGUUCUGCUCUCAUUUGACGAUUGAUGGAAUGAAUCUAAUUGAAUAAUAAAUUAAAUGAUAAAAAUG